AUGAACAUCCCUUUGCCAAGCACACUGCCAAAGCUCGAGGAGUGUUUACCGAAGAACUUAGGCCUAUACUAUAAUGGCACCUGGCACAAGCCCGUUGACGGGCAGUACGUUGAAACCUUCAGCCCCGGUGAUGGUUCUGUGAUUACGAAAGUCGCCUUUGCAGGUGCAAAGGAUACCGAAGCGGCAUUGGAGGCGGCGCAAGCAGCAUUUCCUUCGUGGAAAGCAACGCCACCUUUGCAGCGCGGAAAACUGUUGAAAAAGGCCGCCCAGAUACUUCGAGACCAUGCCGUCGAGCUCGCCGUUCUUGACGCGGCGAAUACUGGUAGCCCCAUCACGAUCAUGGCGGCAGAUGCCCAUUUUACGGCGGAGCACCUUGACAUGUUCGCCGGUCUAAUUCCUGCUGUUGUGGGCGAGACCAAUCACCUCGGAGACGAAACUUUCAAUUAUACUGUACGGGAGCCUCUUGGAGUAGUGGCAAGAUUGGUGGCGUCGAACCAUCCGUUGAUGUUUACUGGAAACAGGAUGGCUCCUGCUCUUGCCAUGGGUAACACCGUGGUCAUCAAAUCACCCGAACAAGCGCCCUUGUCUGCGCUUCGGUUCAUGGAAUUGGUGGGACACAUCUUCCCUCCGGGCGUAUUGAACGUGCUUUCGGGUGGCAUUGACUGCGGAAAGACCUUGUCGACACAUCCCAUCGUCAGAAAGGUAACGCUGGUUGGCAGUUUACCAGUGGGUCGCGCCAUUCAGAAAGCAGCUGCCGACUCGCUCAAGAUAACAGGGUUCGAGCUCGGGGGGAAAAAUGCGCUGAUUGCGUAUCCUGAUGCAGAUAUUAGUAAACUAGUAGAUGGAAUCGUGGCUGGUAUGAACUGGGCAUGGUGUGGUCAAUCUUGUGGAUCAACGUCACGAGUGUUCUUGCACGACUCCCUCCACGACAAAGUUUUGGACCUGGUCACAGCUCAGUUAAACCAGUCUUACAAACCCGGAAAUCCUCUGAAUCCGGCGACGACUAUGGGAUCGCUCGUGAGUAAAGCUGCCCAAGACCGAGUCCUGCGAUAUAUCGAAAUCGGCAAGGAAGAAGGCGCUCGACUUGUCACUGGAGGGGAACCGCCCAGCACUGAAGACACGAAGGGAGGAUAUUUUGUACUCCCCACAAUCUUCGCAGACGUUAAGCAGAGCAUGACCAUCGCCAUGGAGGAGAUCUUUGGCCCAGUCAUGUCGGUGUUGAAAUGGUCAGACGAGGAGGAGAUGUUUGGACACGUCAAUGCUGUCGAAUAUGGCCUCACAGGAGCGGUAUACACGUCGAAUAUAACGACGGCACAAAAGGCAAUCAGACGCAUCGAGGCGGGUACUGUGUGGGUUAAUACUUCGGCUUCGCAUUUCAUAUCAAUGCCCUGGGGGGGAUACAAGCAAUCCGGUAUAGGAAGAGAAGACUGUUUCGAGGAGAUGGUUGAAUUGACGCAGCGCAAGGCGGUACAUGUAAAACUAUGA